AUUGCUCCUGAAGUCAUACCACCCUCAAUCACCACAUUUUUCUCUCAGUCAUUCAACAUAUCAGUAGAUGCAGUAGACUGUCUCUGGGAGAUUGUGAAGGAUCUUGUGUGGACCUUGCCGAUCUGUUAUCCUUGGACUGUACUAAUUUCUGGCAUAGCAGCAUGUGUUCUUUAUCCUCUGGUCAAGAUGUGUAUCAAUCCCAAGUGCACUGCCUGGCAGCUCAGAUCCCUCCUCAAAAAAGAAGAGCAACAAUGUGUUGUUGUUUUCACACAUGCAAGUGGCACACACCCUGCAUGGUCCAUUCACUUGAAAUGUCAAGCAUGCAAUACCAACUAUCAUCAUAAUUACAGUGUCAAGAACAAGACUCGCACAUACUAUGGUGGAAUACUAUCGCAUAUACAGGUCACAGAGCAUCAAUUUGUCAAGCUUGAGUUGGCAAUGCAGUGGAUU